AUGAUGCGCCAGGCCGGCCGCUACAUGAAGGUCUACCAGGAGCUGGCGAAGCGCCACCCGUCGUUCCGCGAGCGCUCGGAGAACCCGGAGCUGUCAAUCGAGAUCUCGCUGCAGCCGUGGCGCGCCUUCCGCCCGGACGGCGUCAUCCUCUUCUCGGACAUCCUCACCCCGCUCCCCGGCAUGGGCGUCCCGUUCGAUAUCCCGGAUCGCGGCCCGGUCAUCGACCCCCCGCUCAGGACUAAGGAGCAGAUCGACGCCGUGCAUGAGCUCGAUUGUGAGAAGACCGCCCCGUUCGUUAGGGAGACGCUGCAGGCCCUCAAGAAGGAGGUGGAUGGCCAGGCUGCUAUCCUCGGCUUUGUUGGCGCCCCGUAUACCCUGGCUACAUACUGUAUCGAGGGCGGCUCUUCCAAGAGUUAUACCACUAUUAAGAAGAUGGCCUUUACAGAGCCCCAGUUGCUGCACACCUUGCUGACUAAGUUUGCAGAUAACAUUGCUGCCUAUUGUAUCUUCCAGAUCGACGCUGGCGCCCAGGUCGUGCAGAUGUUCGAUUCCUGGGCGGGGCAGUUGUCCCCGCUGGACUACGAUGUGUUUGCCGCCCCUUAUCAAAAGAGGGUUGUGGACAAGGUCAAGGCUGUGCAUCCGGACGUACCGUUCAUUAUGUACAUCUCGCAAGGAGGUAUGUUGCUCGAGCGCAUGGCUGCCACGGGCGUCGAUAUCGUCUCGGUCGAUUGGACCGUCGAUAUGGCCGAGGCCCGCAAGAGGCUGGGACCGAAGGUCAUGGUGCAGGGCAAUAUUGACCCGGCAGUUUUGUUGGGCUCCAAGGACUUCAUCGCGGAAAGGACCUUGGAUACUAUUCAGAAGGCGGGCAGGACGGGGCAUAUCUGUAACUUGGGGCAUGGCGUUUAUCCAUCCACGCCGGAAGACAAUGUCGCCCACUUUUUCAAGACUGUACAGGACUUCCGCUGGGACUAA